CGGCAUCGCAAACUCAAACUGCGAAGAUCUUCCACGUGUGGUGCACUUAUGAGGACUCAAAGUGCUAAACUUAAUCGCAAACGGAAAAGGAUUUAACCAUGGAAAACCUCCAGGAUAAGAUCUUAAACCUUGUUAGGAGCAUUUGUUUAAAAAAGGAAGAAAUACAGGCUAUAGAAGGUACUUCACCUGAUGUUGAAUUUUUAUUGAUGGAAUCUCUAAAGUUGGAGGAAAACAAAAGGUACGGGGAGUGUGUGGAUACUCUUCAAGUAGUACUGGAUGUCACCUGGGAAGAACUAAACACUGGACAUUGGAGUUUGGUGCCUGACUUUCAGCGAGCCAUUUACUCCGUCACAAGUCUGCUAAAGGUAAUAGCACUAGCGCAACAAGCCAUAACGUCUUCUGAUGAUUGUCAGACGUCUUUGCUACAACAGGCUAUCAAAACAGCGGACAUGGGGUUGUUGCUGGGCAUUUCACACAGAGAACAGCUGACUAAAGCUGCAAAAAUCUUGUCUGAAGCUGUUACGCAGUUUCAACUUCCUGUAAGCGGUGCAAGAACAAGUAAGGAUAGAAACACUCCUGAGCUGAAAGUCCCAGCUGUUGAAAUCCCUAUACUUCACAGCCCAUCACUCGAAACAUUUUCAUCACAGCAUUUUUAUCCUCGUAAACCAGUUAAAAUUUCAGGUUGUAUGACUCACUGGCCAGCACUAAGGCUGUGGGAAGACCUGCAGUACCUACUGACUGUUGCUGGUAGUCGCACAGUGCCUGUGGAGCUAGGCUCUAACUAUGCACAGUCAGACUGGUCCCAGCGUCUCAUGACUCUCAGAGAGUUUAUCAGUCUCUACAUCACCAACCCGACAAGUGAUAGCAAGGAUAUCGGCUACCUGGCUCAACAUCAACUUUUCGACCAGGUACCAGAGUUGAGGAAGGAUAUAUUUGUUCCGGACUACUGCGCCUGCAGUGAAGAGGAGGGUGAAGUGGACAUCAACGCUUGGUUUGGACCACCUGGAACUCUAUCACCUCUACACCAUGACCCAAAACACAACCUACUGUGUCAAGUGGUGGGCCACAAGAGGGUGGUUCUCUACUCCCCCUCCGACACUGACUGUCUCUACCCUCACGAGGGCCGGCUACUUUCCAACACUGCAAGGGUAGAUCCUGAAGCUCCUGAUUACAAAUUGUACCCAAAGUACAGGAAUACUCAAGCUAUCACUUGUCAGCUAAAUCCAGGAGAUAUGCUGUAUAUUCCACCUACUUGGUGGCACCAUGUGAGGGCCUUGGACCUCAGUUUUUCCGUCAGUUUCUGGUGGACUUGACAUUAAAAAUAUUCUUUUACUUCGAUUUUUGUUGUAUUAUUUGAAUUUAUGGUUUCUACUCUAUAUGAUUCCCAAUUUAAUGUAUAUAAUGUG